UUUCAUUCCUCUUUCCCCAGAACUUUGAAGAUCACGAACAAGAUCUUCCAUGGAGACGUCUGGAGACACGAGGUGGGCCGAUCCUUGAUGGCUGCUGCGGGAUGGGAGAUAAGAGGAGAAACCGUCCAGCUUCCUCCCGGCGUAGAACUAGACCUACCCCUAGGAGUCCUCUUAGCCAACAGGGAAGUGAAACCUGACUCAAAGGAAUGGGUAGCAGAGACUAAGGUGGUGGUGCCCAAUGCUGCCAAAGAGCAUGAAGAGAAGCUCCGUCAGAAAGCUUUGGCAGAGAAGGAAAAGGAGAUGGCAGCUCUGAAGAAGGAUAUGGCAGAACGCAAGGCAAUUGCCGACAGGAUUUUAGCCGAGCAUCGCAAUGACAGGGAGCAAAAGAAAGUGACCAAGCCAUCGAAAGCUAUCCCCUUAGGCAGUGGUAGAGCGGCCAAAAUGUCGGAAAUGUUGCCGAAGGAAGGUGGAGGAUGAGGUUAAAGCCUGUCAUGGUCGACCAGAUGAGAGCAUAAUUCUACAGCAGCGGAUGUGGAGCCAUAAUUUAACCACAAAUCUUUUUGAUGUUGCUUAUGAUGAUUAUGUGGUACAAAUGAUAUUUUUGUUUUGAAAUGCAAAAUAUUUUUAUAUUAAGGCAGCGUCCACUCCCUAGUUGCUCAGAUGGUCACCUGACAAGUAUUUUUUUUUUUUUUCUGUUAGGAUUAAAAGGGAAUAUUUUGAUUUAUGUUUUAACACAAGAGCCAUGCUUAGAAAAAGAAAGUUAGCACUGCAUAAUUAUAAAACUUGUAUGCUGAAGUCGGUUGCCUUAUCUUACAUGGUAGCACAAUAAAUGAUACACUAAGGUCAAGAGUGUAUUUGCAAAAUAGGCAGUUUAUUGGAACACUUGUGAGAAAAAGACACAUGGCUCAUUGCUUGACUUGUACUCUGGGGUUCAUGAAGCAUAUAUCCACAAGACCAAUUGGUGCGGAUAUAAGUGGAUGCACACACUUCAAGAGUAGAAGCCAAGCUUUAUGUGUAUGUAUGUAUGUAUGUAUGAAUAUGAAAACACACACACACACACACACACACACACACACACACACACACACACACACACACACACACACA